AUGGCACCCGACAUGGCACCCGACACGGGACACGACACGGGACCCGACACGGGACCCGACACGGCACCCGACAUGGCACCCGACACGGAACCCGACAUGGCACCCGACAUGGCACCCGACAUGGCACCCGACAUGGAACCCGACAUGGCACCCGACACGGUACUCGACAUGGAACUCGACAUGGAACUCGACAUGGCGCUCGACAAGGCAUUGUGCGUGACUUUCUGCAUGGUGUUUUACAUGGUGUUUUGCAAGAGGUUUUACAUGGUGUUUUGCAAGAAGAUUUGCAAGGUAUUGUGCAAGGGUAUGCGCAAGGGAUUGCGCAAGGAAUUGCGCAAGGCGUUUUACAUGGUUUUGCGCAAGGCGUUUUACAAGGUUUUGAACAAGGCGCUUUGCAAGGCGUUUUACAAGGAUUCGAGCAAGGCGUUUUACAAGGAUUUGAGCAAGGUGUUCUGCAAGGUGUUUUACAAGGUAUUGCGCAAGGUGUUUUGCAAGGUAUUGCACAAGAUGUUUUGCAAGGUACUACACAAAGCGUUUUGCACGGUAUUGCGCAUGGCGUUUUGCAAGGUAUUGCGCAAGGCGUCUCGCAGGGAGAUUUGCAAGGUGAUUUGCAUGGUGAUUUGCAAGGCCUCCUGCAAGGUGUUCGACAGGGAGUUCGGCAUGGCAGGCCGCAUGGUGGCCCACACGGCAGCACGCAUGGCUGCCCGCACGGUUGCCCACAUGGCUGCCCGCAUGGUGGCCCGCACGGCGAUCCGCAUGGAGGACCACAAGGCCUCUUACAAGACUUUUUACAGCAUCUAG